AUACACGCAAUUCUCUUGUUCCAAUUUCAUUCAACUUGUUGUUGUGUGCCUUAGUGUAAGCAUUACUAGCACUUACGAUCCACUUGCUUUUGUUUACAUUAAUUUGUACUUUUGUGCAAAUUAAAUUGAGCAAAAGUAAAAUAAAGUAAAAUCCGAUCUUGCUCGAAUUAUUUAUGAGACAAACUGUGAACAUAAUGCGACUUAUGCUUAGGACAAUAAAUCCUACGGGCUCGAAUCAUAGCGGUUCCGUUAUAUUUCUUCAUGGCUCUGGUGAUACCGGAACAAAUUUAAUUGAAUGGAUACGAUUUUUAUUGGGACGUGAUAUGGAAUUUCCGCAUAUAAAAAUGAUAUAUCCAACGGCUCCAUUACAACCAUAUACACCAUUAGGCGGUCAAAUGUCCAAUGUAUGGUUUGAUAGACGUGCCAUAUCGAUUGACGCUUUUGAAAGUCGUAAAAGUAUGGCCGAAAUAUAUGAAGAUAUUCAUGAAAUGAUCAAUGCAGAAGUGUCUGCUGGCAUACCAUUAGAUCGAAUAAUAAUUGGUGGCUUUUCAAUGGGUGGAGCAUUAGCUUUGCAUAGCGGUUAUCAUUUAAAUACGGAUUUAGGUGGAGUUUUUGCCUGCUCUUCAUUUUUAAAUCACGAUUCGAUAGUUUAUGAUUCUUUAUGCAAUCGUACAACACCUGGUACACGAUUGCCAGAAUUAUUAAUGUUUCACGGCGAUCGAGAUAAUUUAGUGCCAUCGGAAUGGGGAAAAGAAAGCUUUGAUAAUCUUAUUAAGCUUGGCGUUGAAGGCGCAUUUAACAUAUUACCGAAUACGUUACACGAAUUGAAAAAACGUGAACUUUUAGAUAUACAAAAAUGGAUUUUAACAAAAUUGCCAGCAUUGGAUAAUAAUGACGGAUGAAAUUAAAUUUCAAUUUUUUUUUUUGCUUUUUUUGUAAUUAUUCUUAUUGGAAAAAU